UGCCGCUGCCGGUUCCGGGGCUGGGGCACAAUGUCUCUACUAGGGGUGGCGGGGGCUGAGGAGCUGAUUUUCUAUGUGAACGGGAGGAAGAUAGUAGAGAAAAAUGCUGAUCCUGAACAAAUGCUGUUGUCUUAUCUGCGAAAGAGGCUCCGUCUUACAGGAACUAAGUAUGGCUGCGGAGGAGGUGGCUGUGGUGCCUGCACGGUGAUGAUAUCAACUUAUGAGCCAGCUUCGAAGAAGAUACGACAUUAUUCAGCAAAUGCAUGUUUGCUUCCCAUUUGCUCCUUGUAUGGUGUGGCAGUCACCACAGUGGAAGGUGUUGGAAGUACAAAAACCAGGGUUCAUCCAGUUCAGGAAAGGCUUGCCAAGUGCCAUGGCUCCCAGUGUGGUUUCUGCACCCCUGGAAUGGUGAUGUCCAUAUAUACUUUGCUGAGAAACCACCCAGAACCAACUUCAGAGCAGAUGAUUGCAGCUCUGGCUGGGAACUUGUGCCGCUGUACUGGAUAUAGGCCAAUCCUAGAUGCCUGUAAAACCUUCUGUAAGGAAUCCAUUUGUUGUCAAAAGAAAGCAAAUGGAAAGUGUUGCUUGGAUCAGGAAGAUGACUUGUUUGACAAGGAAGAGAAGGUUUCCACCAGACUAUUUUCAACAGAUGAAUUCCAGCCCUUAGAUCCUACCCAGGAGCUUAUAUUUCCUCCAGAACUAAUGAGAAUGGCUGAAAAUCAACCAAAAAGAACUCUGUUUUUUCGUGGGGAGCGAAUGACAUGGAUUUCUCCUGUAACCUUAGAUGAAUUACUGGAUCUGAAAGCUGCCCACCCCAAAGCACCUCUUGUGGUUGGGAACACCAGUGUGGGACCUGAGAUGAAAUUUAGAGGCGUGUUCCAUCCAAUUGUUAUUGCUCCCUCAAGGAUCCUGGAUCUGAAUGUGGUGAAACACACAGAUGACGGAUUAACUCUGGGAGCUGCCUGCAGCCUCUCUCUAGUGAAAGCUGUCUUGACAAAUGCAAUCUCAGAGUUCCCUGAAGAGAAGACAAAGGUUUUCUGUGCUGUCUUGCAGCAAUUAAGAACUCUGGGUGGAGAACAGAUAAGAAACGUUGCUUCAUUAGGUGGAAACAUCAUAAGUAGAAAAUCAACCUCAGACUUGAAUCCUAUUCUGGCAGCCAGCAACUGUAUGCUCAAUCUGGCUUCAAGAGGAAGAAAGCGACAGAUUCCUUUGAGUGAUAUUUUUGCAGAUGGAGUUGGUAACAAUACCAUUAUGCCAGAAGAGAUCUUAGUCUCUGUCCAUAUUCCCUAUUCUAGGAAGGGGGAGUAUGUCUCUGCAUUUCGACAAGCACCAAGACGGGAAAAUGCUCUCCCAAUAACCAAUGCUGGAAUGAGAGUCCUUUUUGAGGAAGGUACAGACAUAAUAAAAGAUUUAAGCAUUUUUUACGGAGGUGCUGUCUCGACCACAAUCUGUGCAAAACAAACCUGUUGGACACUUAACGGAAGACACUGGAAUGAACAAAUGUUGGAUGAAGCUUGCAGACUAGUUCUUAAAGAAGUUGCUCUUCCAGGCUCAGCCAGUGGUGAAAAAGUAGACUAUAAGAAAACUUUGAUAGUCAGUUUCUUCUACAGAUUUUUCCUGGAAGUAUUGCAGUCAUUAAAGACAACGGAUCCUUGCCACUAUCCUGACAUACCUAUGGAAUAUAGGAGUGUCCUACAAGAUUUCAAAAACAAAAUGCCUCAGAGUAUCCAAAUAUACCAGGGCAUAGGGCUGAGUCAGUCUCCCCAGGAUCCUGUAGGACGCCCCAUUAUGCACCAGUCAGGAAUUAAGCAUGCCACUGGUGAAGCAGUUUACACUGAUGACCUUCCUUCUGUGGAUGGGGAGCUCUUCCUGGCUGUCGUCACUAGUUCCAGAGCUCAUGCUAAGAUUGUAUCUAUAGAUACCUCAGAGGCUCUAAAAGGACCAGGUGUGUUCGAUAUCAUAACAGCUCAUGAUGUACCAGCUACAAACGAGUUUUACUACUCCGAUGAUCCGGAGAUUAUAUUUGCAAAAAACAAGGUGAUUUGUGUGGGUCAGAUUGUCUGUGCUGUGGUUGCGGAUUCAGAUGUUCAUGCCAAACAAGCAGCUGCAAAAGUGAAGAUAGAGUAUGAAGUGCUGGAACCAGUGAUCUUAACAAUUGAGGAAGCUAUAAAGCACAACUCGUUCUUUGAGCCAAAAAGAAAAUUAGAACACGGAAAUGUUGAUCAGGCAUUUGAAACUGUUGAUAAUAUAAUUGAAGGGGAGAUUCACAUUGGGGGACAGGAACACUUUUACAUGGAGACUCAGAGUGUGCUUGCUGUUCCAAAAGGAGAGGAUAAAGAAAUGGAUGUGUAUGUGUCGACACAGCAUCCAGCAAUUAUUCAGGAGAUGGUAGCUGCAAGUUUAGGCGUCCCAGCCAACAGGAUCAUGUGCCAUGUUAAACGAGUUGGUGGAGCUUUUGGUGGGAAACUCCUGAAAGCUGGCUUACUGGCAUCAGUUGCUGCAGUGGCAGCAAACAAAACCAGCAGAGCAGUCCGUCUUAUUCUGAGCCGAGGGGAUGAUAUGUUAAUCACUGGUGGCCGACAUCCUUUUAUUGGUAAAUAUAAAGUUGGCUUCAUGAAUAAUGGUAGGAUCAUAGCUGUGGAUGCCAAAUACUACAUUAAUGGAGGAUGCACCCCUGAUGAAUCUGUCCUGGUAGCAGAAGUAUCCUUAUUAAAAAUGGACAAUGCAUACAAGUUUCCCAACUUGAGAUGCUGGGCUUAUGCCUGCAAAACAAACUUGCCAUCAAACACAGCGUUCCGAGGGUUUGGCUUUCCCCAGUCAGCACUGGUGACAGAAACUUGGAUAACAGGAGUUGCAGAUAAAACUGGUUUAUCACCAGAAAAGAUUAGGGAAAUAAAUAUGUAUAAGGAGGACAAGCAGACACACUUCAAACAAAAGCUUGAUCCACAAAACUUAAUACGGUGUUGGAAUGAAUGUAUGGAGAAAUCUGCAUACCACAGUAGAAAAACAGCUGUCAAUGAAUUUAACAAACAAAAUUACUGGAAGAAAAAAGGGAUUGCCAUUGUACCAAUGAAGUUUCCAUUUGGACUAGGCACACGUUAUCUUUCUCAGGCUGCUGCUCUGGUUCAUAUUUAUACUGAUGGGUCUGUGCUUCUGACACAUGGUGGCAUUGAAAUGGGGCAGGGUAUUCAUACAAAAAUGAUCCAGGUUGCUAGUCGGGAAUUGAACAUCCCCAUGUCAUGUAUUCAUUUCUGUGAAACAAGCACAACAACUGUUCCUAAUGCGUGUGCCUCAGCAGGAUCUGCAGGGACAGAUGUCAAUGGCAUGGCUGUGAAGGAUGCUUGCCAAACUCUUCUGAAACGCCUGCAGCCUAUCAUCAACAAGAAUCCAAAAGGGACCUGGAAUGAUUGGAUUAAAGAAGCUUUUGAACAGAGUGUGAGUCUUUCAGCUACUGGCUACUUUAGAGGUUACAAUGAAAACAUGGAUUGGGAGAGGGGGGAAGGACAGCCAUUCACAUAUUUUCUUUAUGGAGCUGCUUGUUCAGAGGUUGAAAUUAACUGUCUAACAGGAGAUCACAAGAACCUCAGAACAGACAUUGUUAUGGACAUUGGACGUAGCAUAAACCCAGCUGUGGAUAUAGGACAGAUUGAAGGUGCCUUUGUUCAAGGUGUUGGACUGUACACAAUGGAGGAAUUAAAGUACUCUCCAGAAGGAGUCCUCUAUACUCGGGGUCCAGAUCAGUAUAAGAUCCCUGCUGUUUGUGAUAUUCCAGAACAGUUUAGUGUUUCCCUGCUGUCAGCUUCCCAAAAUCCUUAUGCCAUCUAUGCAUCCAAGGGGAUAGGUGAGGCAGGACUUUUCUUGGGAUGCUCUGUGUUCUUUGCUUUGAGACAUGCAGUGACUAGUGUGAGGAAUGAAAGAGGACUGAAAAAGACCUUUGCACUGAACAGCCCUUUGACUGCUGAACAAAUACGGGCAGGCUGUGCAGAUGACUUUACUGAGAUGGUAAUAGAUGACAAAUGAUGAAUCUGCUUCCUCCACUCCUCGGGCCUUAUCUGUGUGAAUGACAAACCAGAGUGCACAAGACCUGAAUGGAAUGGAAUGAAAUACUGAUUUACUGCCCGAAUACACAUUAAUCAACACACAGAUAAAUAUAUUUUCUCAUUUUCAGAAUAGAAUCAGUUACCAAAAAUAUGCACAUUACAUCUUCUAUCCUUAUCUUCAUUCUCCAUCCUGUAUAUUCAUUACAGUACUUUGCUUAAAUUACUGCAUUUAAUUGCUGGAAAUACAUCUCCUACAUUUGAAGCAUAUAUAUUCAGCAAGAAAGAUCUGCUGAACAGCUCAGCUCAAAUGCUGCAGGACAAGAAAGUUAGGAUGAAGUAUAAAGGUAUGUUAGGUAACUUACUGCCACUUAUUACACUUAACAACUUCAUAUGGUAAAUGAUUUUUUAAUGGCUUCAGCUGAUUUUCUAAUUUAGAUUUGAGUCUUGCAGUGGAGUGUGAGUGCAGAGAUCUUUGUCUGUUGGAGAAUCAGAACCUUGUUUGUUGGAUUCAGUCCCUUUUUGAUCAGAAGUGAUGCUCUGAUUUGUAGUAAAGCUGCUUUAGAUUCUUUUGGCACAGACAUUUCUGUGUUAAAAAUGUGCAAGAAACAAGAGUUAUGAUUUUCUUUUGCUAUGCCAGGCAAAUUGCUAUGGCUGACCUACAUAUAUAGGAGAUCAAUUUUAUCCCAAAAGUUGGAAGAGUCACUUAGUUGUAAUUUCCACCAGAAGCUUUCUUUUUCUCAUGGAGCAAGCCAAAAGCCUCUGAACUUAAUGGGAAAACUCACAUGGAGUUCAGUGUGCUUUGAAUAGGAGACUGGAUGAACCUGUCUCUGGAAAGGACUCUUAAGCAGUGCUUAAUCCUGUGCUCAGGACUAUAUUGAGCCAUGAAAGUACAGUUAAGGACUUUCUUCCACUCUUGGCCUCUCCUGUAACAAAGAAGAUAGAAAGAACAUAAUGAGAUCAAAAGAUGAUCUGCAAAGAUCGGUCAUCUGAUACUGUCUAGGGUGCAGUGGCAUUACAUACAAUUACAUACAAUUAUAUAUUAUAUACAUAGAAUAUAUCAAAGUUAAUAUAUUAUGAAAGCUCCAGCCACAAUAUUCAGAUUUCAGCAUUAGAAUCCACAAUAUUGAACUGACUGAGAACUUUAGCCUUUCCUCCUCUUGAAGUGCAAAGCUGAGACUUCAGUUCUGAAUGCACACACACACAAAUACACAAAUCUCCAUGGUAUUUGAAUUUGGAGCUUUGAUCUGGGAUACAUCCUAAUACAGAGAAAACACUUCACUUUUUUAGUUAAUCUACAGAAGUUACCCAAAGUAGGACCUGAAAAAUUGCAGCAUGUUCUUUGAUAGGAAAGUAGAACUGGGAAAAUAGGUAGUUUGUACAUUCAGUGUGUGGUUUCAGUGAACCUCUGCAUCAGUUAUUCCUUGCUGAGCAUGGUGAUUGAUCUUCCAGUUACUCAUAGGGCAGAUUGCUCCAGAACCAUGAAGGCUGCCAUUUGUAAUGAAAAUAAAUGACUUUAAUUUGUCUGACAUGUCAGCCUGCAGGCUUUUAUUAUUUCACUGCUCCUCAGUUUUCCACAGACUAUUUUCUCUUCUUGCCUUCCAUCCCUUUUAUGAGUUGAUACUGUAUCUGUGACAGAAAUCAGGUUAGUAGGUUAAACUGUUCUUGCAUUGGCUAUUGAGAUAUGAAAUCUUUACUGUUUCAAUUCGUUUGUCUCUGUAACCACUAUGAGUAGGUGAAAUUCAGCUGCUUAAACAUAGGUGUCUAGAUCAUUUUAGGUGUCAUAAGACAGCAGAGACAUAGGAGAGCACAGGACUGGAAGCCAAGCAGGUUAUAGCAAAUCAUCUGAAGUGACACUAGAAGUAUGGUUUAGGCAGCUGAAGCCCCAUGGGUUAUUGCUUCUUUUUCUUCACUUUCUUUGUAUUACUUUGGCUUUUAUAUCUUGUAAGAAAGUCAAUAAAUCAAAUUAAAUGUGAA